GACAAAUCAAAGAGCAAAGAUGGCUGACCAAGUGGCGCUGAAAUUUAAAAUUUUAGCAAAAUGCAGUCGUUCUAAAGCUCGAGUCUCUGUGUUAUCCUUACCACAUUACAAUGUCGAUGCACCAGUGUUUAUGCCUGUUGGUACUCAAGGUACGCUAAAAGGAAUGACAUCUUUUCAAAUGGAGACACUAGACUGUCAUAUCAUCCUUGGAAAUACGUAUCACUUGGGCAUGAGGCCUGGAAUAGAUGUAUUAGAAAAAGUUGGAGGUCUUCAUAACUUCAUGAACUGGAAAAGAGCUAUGUUAACUGACAGUGGUGGCUUUCAAAUGGUUUCACUGUUAAAACUGUCUGAAGUCAGUGAGGAGGGUGUUAAGUUCCAGUCACCUCAUGAUGGAUCAGAGAUGUUACUCAGCCCUGAAAAGUCAAUGGAGAUCCAAAAUACAAUUGGCGCAGACAUUAUGAUGCAACUUGAUGAUGUCAUAAGCAGCCUCACAACAGGUCAGAGGGUUGAAGAAGCCAUGUACAGGUCAAUACGAUGGCUAGAUAGAUGUAUCAAAGCACACAAGAGACCCUCGGAACAAAAUCUUUUUCCUAUUAUCCAGGGUGGACUGGACCCUAAGCUUAGAGAAGUAUGUUGCAAAGAAAUGGUAAAACGAGAUUGUCCUGGUUAUGCAAUUGGUGGUCUGAGUGGUGGUGAAGAGAAAGAACAGUUCUGGAAAAUUGUUUCAUUAUGUACAGAUUAUCUUCCAAAAGAUAAACCAAGAUACUGUAUGGGAGUUGGAUACACGAUAGACUUGAUAGUAUGUGUCGCUUUGGGUGCAGACAUGUUUGAUUGCGUUUAUCCCACUAGAACUGCUCGUUUUGGCACAGCUCUUACAGCAAGAGGUCAAUUGACAUUAAGAAACAAAAAAUAUGCGAGCGACUUUACUCCGAUAGAAAGUGAUUGCCUGUGUUCAACCUGUCGGAAACACUCGAGAGCUUACGUACACUCGUUGUUCAGUCGCGAAGCAGUCGGAUGUCAUCUCAUUACCGUACACAAUAUAUAUUACCAGAUGAGACUGAUGAAAGAAAUGCGUGCAAGCAUUAUGAACAACACAUUUCCAGACUUUGUUAAUAUACGUUUUAAUCUUUUACACCCAGAUAAAAACUUUCCAUCUUGGGCGGUCAAUGCGCUCGCUUCGGUUGGGAUAACUCUUGAUUGACUUAGCUUUUAUUAAAAUUGAUAAUUUUAGUCCAGAGUGGUUCGGGCCGAUAGAAAUGGUUUCGGUUUAAAACGAUUGGUUUAUUUAUUGUAUUUUAUCAUUGGUAUGAUGCUCAAAAAUGAGCAACUGCGGUCCGUUUCAGACGUCGAACUUUUCAUGUGCCGAAUCGAAUGCAAAUGAACUUAAACAAAGGCCUGGACAAAGGCUUCAGCUUAACAUUAAGUAAUUAAGGUUCGUCAGAUGAAAACUUCGACCGUCUGAAACAGGCCUGCUUCAGACCACGGUAUAGGUUUGAUCUAGGUUAUACCAAUAGACCUUAUGCAUAAUGACGUUCAAGCCGUCACGCCUGCAGGGAAUUCUCAAAUCUGGUUUUAAUAGUCACGGUGAAAAAAUCAAACUUCAAAAUUUCCGCCGUGACUACAAAGACCAGAAUUCCCUGUAGGUGUCACAGCUUGUUACAUCUAUUGCAUUUCUUUACCAAUGAAAUACCUUAUCGUUUAACUAUAUGUCUAAUCAACAACCAAUCUACUCUGGAAUUCUACAUCGUGUGUGAAACACGCUGGGCCUUUAUAGCAGGGG